CGGCGAGUUGGGACGGAAGCGGCUUCCAAGUUCGGCGUCAUGUGGUCCAAGCUGUGCACGUCGGCUGCUUUUGGCGGUACUUGCGCGGCAGCUACCUUCUACCUCUCCUCAUCUCGCCAUCAGCCGGCCCGUUCGCAGAGCGCAGCAAGGGACGCAAUCGCCAGGCGCCAGGCAAUCAUCGUUGGCGGAGGCGUGGUGGGCAUAUCGACGGCCUAUCAGCUGUCCAAGAGGGGCUUUGACGUGUCGGUGAUCGAGGCGGCGCCAUUGCUCACGGCAGCUGAUGGAUCUGCCAGUGCUGUGUCGGCAGGAGGCAUGCAGCGCGUGAACGUCAUCAUGGGACCAAAGGAAUGGGCCAAGACUGUGCAGAUGUUCAUCAAAAGCGGCAUCACUGACCGCCUGGCAGCGGCCCCGACACAGAUACGGCACUACUUUGCUGGUGCUCAAGGAAGGGAGGAGACUGCCCGCAAGGAGAAGGAGGCCUUUGAGAAGGCUCUGGUGGACCCAGCGGCCAACUUGAAGCGUCUGCAGGAGCCCUUCAACUUCUUUCGGCUGCGUUCACGCGCUCUGUGGGACCCUCACUUCUACUGGUGGCUGACGCAGUUCACGGCCACAAGCUUCCUGCCCUUGGAGAGGCUCAAGACGCGCCAGAAGGACAUGCUCAGCUUCACCGAGUGGGCCAUCGACCUCACCUCACACGCCAUCCACAAGGAGCACCUGAACGUCGGCCACGCGAGCACCGGCGCUGCGUUCGUCAUCUACACGCCAGACGAGCUCGAGAAGGCCCGCCAGGAGGUGGCGGCGCAUCCGCAGGGAUUCGCCAAGGCGUCCAAGGAGCCGCGGACCGUCAUGGAGCUCAACAAGGUGGCCAGUAGGGAGCCAUGCCUGCGACAGAUGGUCUUCGAGCCGGCGGGGGCGCUCGUCGAGACCGAGUCGCGCAUGGGCGACAGCCGAAGGUUCACUCAGCAGCUGGGCCAGGUGUGCGUGGAGAAGAUGGGCAGGGACGCCAGCCACGCAGGCGGCAAAGUGACUGUCAAGACCGACACACGGGUGAGUGAGCAGUGGCACGUAGACUACUGUCAGUGCACAAGUCACAUGUCACACGAUCGCUGCUCAUUCUGUGCGUCAUCCAUUCGUUGUCUGUGAUGCUUGUCCGUUUUUUGUAGGUGAUGGGCUUUGUCACGUCAGGGAGUGUGUGGAACGGCAAUCUGGAGGUCAAGACGAUCAAGACCAACGAGGGCGACAUCGAUGUCGACGAGCAUACACCCGUCGUCAUCGCUGCCGGCGGCUGGACGGCCCGCCUCUUCGCCAAGCUUGGCCUGUACGCGCCCGUGUACCCGAUGAAGGGCUACAGCCUGAUCAUCGACCUGCCGCCGAAGGAGUCGCCAGCGCGGCCGCCCGAGUCGGCUUUGCCUCAGGGCAUCGUCAUCAGCCCCGACAAGGUCCUCUACUUCUCCCGUCUGGGCGACCAGCUGCGCAUCGCCAGCAUGGGAGAGUUUGCCGGCUGGAACUCCAGGCCCGACAGGCAGGUGGUGCACGCACUCAAGGAGCGGGCCGUGCUCUUCUUCCCAAAGCUGCGCAAACUCGUGGACGAGGCACACUGUCGGACGGGCUUCAGGCCAUUCGUGUCGGAUGGCGUGAUUUUGACGGGCCAUGUGCCGUCGACGCGCAAUGUGUAUGUGAAUGUGGGUCCGGGCUUCAACGGGUGGAAGACGUGCAUCGGGGCGGGAGAGCUCAUCGCACGGGAGGCAGACAGGAGGACGGGCGGAGGCAAGCCAGAGGGAGAGGGUCAAGGCAAGGAGGAGCCAGCUCUGUCGUUUGACCCCGCAUCUUUUUCGCCGGUGGGUCGGGUGGUGCCCUCCUUCUGCCUGGCGCCCAUAGCGUCAUAUCUGUGGUCGUUCGACAAAAAAGACACCCUGAUGUAGCACGUCAAGUUUGUGUGAAUGAUGUGAUGUGUCACUAUCGUGAGGCCGCCGUGUGGGUGAGCAAGUGGUCAUUGACAUGAGCAGUGAAGUGAUGCGUGUGACGUGCCAUGCAUUGCGUGAAUGUGCUGUAACAGCUAUUUAUUCGUCUCUCUCUGUUUGUGUGAGGACAUGCAUAUGCAUCAUGUGUCUGCGUUGGCGUGAACACUCACUUGGUGGCGUUGUAUCGAAGCAAACGCUUGGACGCGAUCGGAUACAUUUUCACAUUUACG